AUGCCUUCUGCCUUUGAUGAGGAUUCUGCCCACGACAAUCUGGCACAGGCCCAGUACGAAGAGAUGAUGGAGGCCAGGGUGCUCAAUCAAGCCAAGGCAGUCUAUAAUGAAUAUCAAUUCCAGGACUGCAAGUUUGACGUUGUGAUCAGCCACCACGACCCUGAUGAUUCAGGCAAUACGGACCUUUUAGUCGCGUCACUCAUCGUCUACGACGCCGCCUGCCACAACAAACACAACACAACUCGUGGCUUGAAGAUACUACUACGUUCAGAAGCGUGGAAGUACUUAGAGGGUACAUACGAGUCCUUGAUUGAUGUCCUGCGUGUCAAGAUGACUACAACCUUGAGUUAG